GGUACCUCCCAGGAAGCACCGCGCAAUGUGUAAAAUAGCGAAAUAUAUUUCGAGGUAAUUCAACUGAAAAAAAACAACUGAAAAUCAACCACCCGCGUGCUAAAACAACGUGGUCUCAAUAGCGCUACGGAAACGUGUAAAACAAAAACAAAAACCAGUGUCUAAAGGGUUCAAAAGACGUUUAAUUAGCGGAACCUGCCCCGCCGUUAUCCACCAUGCCGAUCAUGGCAGACUGGGUCGGACUGUGUGUGGCCACCAGCCUGCUGGUAACUUUUCUCACCGCGGCCGGGUACGCGUUGUACUCGGGGCUCCUCUCCGACAUAACCGUCCUGACUGGUUUCCCCCCCAUCAAGAAGAUCACGUUCGUCUACAAGUUCAAAAAAGGUCCGUACGAGAGUUGCGGUGAACUUUUUAAGGAGUCUCACGGCAUUGGACCAAAGCUUUCGUGUAUCGGAGUGUAUUAUGAUGACCCGAAAAAGGUGCCGGGGCCACAGUGCCGCUAUGCCGUCGGCAGCAUCCUGAGUGAAGGAGAAAGCCAGGCGGACGAGGAGCUGUUAAAGAGCUACGAGACGUCAGGCUUCAAAGUCUUUUCCUUCCCCGAAGUCACACACGUGGUCACUGCCUCCUUCCCCCACAGGACCUUUUUCUCCGUCCUCCUGGGAAUGAGAAGAGUUUACCCACGGCUAGAGCACUACAUCAAGGCGAGGAGGCUGUGUGCUCAUCCAUUCCUCGAGAUCUACAGAGAGGGUCUGAUCCAAUUCAUGGCCCCGUUGGCCCGGCAGGGAGAUUUCUAUGUGCCUGAAGUCCGACAGGCCGAGAGGAGGCUGGUGGAGAGAGAGGAUUCGCACAGUGACUCCGAAGGCUCAGAACUCCUCUCGCCAUCUGUCCAUCCCUCCCGUUUUGUUUCAUCACUGCUCCAGGGUCGGACUCAAACAGCGAGUACAGCUCAGGGAGUGGGGUUCUCCCGUUGGACAGCAGAGAGGCGUCCCCGGCGUCCCCCGUCCGCUCGGUGGCUCCCCGGGACGAGGAGGACAGAGGCCACAGGGGGAGGAGCUCCAGGGGAACCUCGCUCGGGGAGCCGGGCUGCGAGCAGGCGACCGGCGGACAGCGGGCCGAGCGAGAGGAGGACGAGAAGCGCCCAGAGGCUCAGGAGUGGCUGGGGGCCGUGGUGGGAGAGGAGUAAAAGCUCAGUCGGACGAUCAGAGAUUAUUUAAAGGAUGCAAAUUGAGACGGUGACGAUUACAAAAGUCUGUCAGUACGGGUUCUUUUCUAAAGGAUAAUUUAAUACAUAACCAAUGAAAUGAACAAAACUAAUACUGUGUUAAUUAAUACUCCCACUACUGUCAGACUCCCCUACCCUCCGUGCCCGUUUCGCUCUAUAGAAUAUUGGCUUAUGUUACACAAAGAGGAGUAAAUAGUGGAUUAAUUUGCAUUUGGUGCUCCAGUAAUAUGCAUGCAGGACCAACUCUGAAUAAACAGCGGUGCCCAUGUUCAUGGUGAGAAGGAACAUGUCCGAUGUGUUUCUAAUAGUCAGUGAACAACACAGGAGGACUGUGGAGAACACGUUGCAGCAGGUUUUGGCCUUUUUUAGUCUUUCCAUUGGAUCUGUUGAUAGUAUUACAAAAAUAUGUGUAACCAGACUUAUUCUUUGCUCUUUUAGUCACCUUUUUAAAGUGAAUGUAUUUAAAUCUACUAGAUUUGGUCAGAAGAAAUGCUGCAGAACCUUUUCAGGUAACCUGAGUGUCUUGAAUUGUUUUUUUUCUCACAGAAGUAGAGAUGUUCGUUAAAAUUAACAUGAUGCAUGAAUUGACUACAUGUUAGAAAAAACCUUUUACUUGAAAUGCCUUUAACUUGCUGUGCUUGUGCUAACCAUCACUUGCAUUAUUAAACCACACGUGUUACUGUCAGAGGAUUCUUCACAAACGUACUGAAUUCUGUUUUUGGUUUUUGACUUGUGGGGCUUAGUUUUAUUCAUUGAGGCAUUGAAAUUACUAUUAGCACAUAGAAUUAACAAAGAUGUGUCAGUCACCUCCUAUGCCAAUUAUCCUUAGAGGGUCGCUGGGGAAGUGGAUUCAACAUAGCGGGCAUGCACCGCUCUUUAUUAACAUUGUGUGCUUUGUUCAAAGGGUUACGUGUGUUUUAUUCGCGCUGUGUGUUGACAUGGAUCUGUUGAUGAUGCACGUGUUCUGAUCUAUAAAAAGGACUUCAUUUCCAAAGAGGAAGGUGUGAAUGAGUGCAUAAUUACCUUCUCCGGGUGGUUCUCACGAGCACCCCUGAGAUGAAGGACGGGGUUAUUGUUGGUGUUCAGCCUUCUGCCACGACCAGUCCAGGAGAAAGAUGGCAUGUGACCAUUAAUAUUCAUUUCACUAUCGCUGUAAGCAAAUAUCUGUUAUUUUGCCUCUUCCUGAAAUGUUCCUCACACAUCCAUUCCCCUUCCCAUAAGGUUCUGUCGAGCUGUCAUAUUGUGUUAUUUUACUUUCUCGGCCUUUCUACCAUCUGCUGUG